CCACAGCUGUUAUCUAAUCUCUCACCAACUCCACGCACGAGACGUUGGCCGAUUUCAAGUUCAAAUCGUCUUAUCUAGUAAUAAUAUUUCUUAUCAACUAUAAUUAAAAGCUACUGUUUUUCGUAUAUUUUUUAUCCAACUUUAAUUCCGCAGUGACACGCUAUUCUCAGCCUUUUGCGGAUAGUACCAGUAUAAAUAAUCAUAAUUUAAACUACUUUGUCCGGAGCAAACGUGUCCUUUGCCUGUGGGAUCUCGUUUCGCUCUGAAAAAAAUCAAAACGUCAAAAUGACAAUCGAUCUCUGAGUGUUUGGAAGUGUGUAAUAUUUUUGCGGAUAUUUCUAAAUAGUUAUUUCAACAAACAGUUUAUUUUAUCGGUAGUGUAAAAUGUUUAAUUCAUAAAAAGAAGACAGCUUUUUUAAAAAGUUGAUUCUCUACGUACCUAUUGCAUUUUGUAACCUGUGAUAUUUUUAGUUAGGCGCACAAAAUGUUUGUAAAAUCUAUUAUUGUUUUAAUUAUAUUUGAAGCAGUUAUUAUCAAAGGAGAUGAAAAACUUUCACAGAAAACGGUAGACUUUUGGGAUGAAACGGAACCAUUUGGUCAAACAGGGUCACCAUCCCCUGACCUCAGACUCCCAUCAUAUGUAGUACCAAGUUUCUACAGACUCAAACUAAAAGCGGAACUAGAAAACUCCACCUACUCUGGCGAUGUUUACAUAACACUAAAAGCCAGUAAAAGUGUCAAAGAAAUUAUAUUACACUCUAAAAACCUCAGUAUUAGUAGCAACGCUAAGCUUACAGAACAAAUAUAUGAAAAAGUUGAAACUUUACGGUCGCCUAAAGUGAAGCGAGAAGCACCAGAAGCCAAUGUCACGACCACCGCAGAUAACACUACCACUGAAGUCCCUACAACAGCGGUUGUUGAUCAGAAUGCAACGACAGCGAUCGUACCAGAAACAACAACCAGUGACGAUAAUGCCACAGUUUUAAGGACAGAUACAACUCCAGCUCCUGCUCCGGUGGACACUGAAAUAAGUCAUAGUGCGGUGCGGACUAUCAAAAUUCUCUCCAUAGUGGAAGGUACAGGAGACAGACUGAUUUUAGGACUGGAGUCUGCAUUAAAAGCUAACGUGGACUAUGUACUGCAGCUGUCAUUUGAAGGUGCAAUCUCAAAUUCCUUGACGGGAUUUUACAAGAGUACCUAUGUUAAUGACAAAAAUGAAGUCAAAAACCUAGGGGUCACGCAAUUUGAGCCGACAUCGGCGCGGUCGGCGUUUCCUUGUUUCGACGAGCCAGCCUUCAAAGCAAAGUUUGAGAUUAGUAUCGCGCAUCCCGAAACUGUCACUGCGCUGUCAAAUAUGAAGAUAGUUGCGCAGGAGCCUGUCCCCGACCAACCCGGCUGGCAAUGGACGCACUUCGACAGAUCAGUCAGCAUGUCUACCUACCUAGUAGCCUACGUUCUAUCUGAUUUCAAAUCCCUAGAAACGAAUUACACGAGCACAAACAAUGUUACCAUACCAAUCAAGAUUUGGACUAGGCCUGAACUAAUAGGGAAGGCCAAAUACGCGUCAGUGAUUACUCCAAAGCUACUCGCGUAUUAUGAAGAGGUGUUCGGUGUGCCCUAUGCUUUGGACAAAAUGGACCUCAUUGCUAUACCUGACUUCUCAAGUGGAGCCAUGGAGAACUGGGGGCUGGUGACUUUUAGAGAAACAACCCUUCUAUUCGACGAGGCAGAGAGCGUGCCCCGUGACAAGCAGAACGUGGCCAUUGACAUCGCGCACGAGCUGGCGCACCAGUGGUUCGGGAACCUUGUCACCAUGCGCUGGUGGACAGACCUCUGGCUCAACGAGGGAUUUGCGACCUAUAUCGAGUAUGUUGGGGUUGAUCAUGUGGAACCAGAAUGGAAUAUGUUCGAAUCGUUCUCCCGCGACAAGAUGGACUUGCUUCGGUCCGACGCACUAAAGAACACGUCCCCUGUAUCAAGGAAAGUGGAGGAUGCGUCAGAAAUAUCGCAGAAAUUCGAUGAAAUAUCCUACACUAAGGGAGCUAAUCUUAUAAGGAUGUUGAACCAUACAAUUUCUGAAGAACUGUUCCACAAAGGAUUGGUGAUUUAUUUGAAUCAAUGGAAAUACUCGAACGCGGAGGAGAACGACCUCUGGCACGCGAUGUCCAAGGCGACCCCGUCGGAUCCGUCGCUGCAGGACCUCAACGUGGUGGACUUCAUGAACUCGUGGACCAGACAGGCCGGGUACCCCGUCCUUAGCGUCCACAGGAACUACGACAGUGGACGGGUCCAGUUUGAACAGCGCCUAUUCACGGCAGCAACAGACCCAUACCAGAAGAUGUUGGACCAACUAUGGCACAUCCCCAUCAGUUACUGUAUAGUAGACUCGCCCGUGGACACCUGGACUUCUAAACCUAAGACCUGGCUCAAAGGACGCACUACUACUGUCAACCUAGCUAUCAACGAUACGCAGGCGUUGUAUGUCAAUGUCGAUGCUAUUGGCUACUACAGAGUGAACUACGACAAGAAGAACUGGGAAUUAUUGAGCAUUGCCCUUAAAACUGGACAAAUUAAAUCUCCUAUAACAAAGUCACAGCUCAUAGACGAUGCCUUCAACUUGGCCAAAGUGUCCCAACUCAAUUAUAGUUAUGCACUUGGACUGACUACUUGUGUGAUCAACGGGGAAGAUUCAAAAAUGGUCUGGGACCUUCUACUGAACAACAUGGCGUUUUUGAGACAUAACUUGAGGGCUACGUCUGGUUAUGUAUAUUUCCAAGACUACAUGAGAAUAUUACUGGCUAAGCAGUUAGAAAAAGUGAACUAUGGUCUGUCGAAGCCAAAGGACGACAACGAAGCGUUCCUGAUAGAGAACCUCGUCAUGUGGGAGUGCUACGUGGAGUCCCCGCGCUGUCUGCGCUGGGCGCGCGACCAGUUCGACAACUGGACCAAGCAGGAAGAUGUCAACAAUAACCCUAUCCCCAGUUACCUCCGCGGCCUAGUGUACAACAUGGUCCUCCGCCACGGCGGUCGCACCGAGUUCGAGUUCCUGUACCGAGUGUUCCAGACUUCCACAGACCCUAAUGUCAAGACUCUCAUCAUCAAUAACCUGCCCAGCACGAGGGAGGAGUCGCUGAUUACUUUGCUCCUGGAGCGGUCUCUGUCGGAGAUCCCGAAGCAGUACGCGGUGGCGGCGUGGAGCGUGGAGGCGCCGCUCGGGACACGACUCGCGCAGGACUACCUGCUGCAGCACUUCCACCAGGUGUACGACAAAUUCACACAAAUGGACGCAUUCAUGUUCCCUGCCGUACUCAGUGGAAGCUUCGGGUUCAUCUCUACUGAGGAAGAACUUACCAGGCUGAAGAACUUCGCUCUAAAGCACAAGGAGCAGUUGAUGCCGAUGUCGCAGACUCUCCAGAAGUUGGUGGACACGGCCACGUUCCGCAUAGACUGGGUCAGGAAACACUCCGCCGGGAUCAGCAAGUGGUUCCAGGACUAUGUCUCCGGUAAAUCGCCGUUAUCACAAAUAAGUACAGUGGCCCCGUCCGCAGCCAGCCCGGCUGGCAACUCCAGUAUACCGGCCGACACUACGCCGAGCGACAAUACGCCGAGUGGCACUACGCCGGACAGCACUACGCAGAGUAACACUACGACACCUGCCGCGGCGUAACACUAACACUGGUACUCUUAACUUGAUGUAAAUAUUUUUAAACGUUCCUAUACUUAGAUAAAUAAAGCCAAAAAAUAUUUGAAUCGGCAGACUCUGUGUUAAGGAAACUUGUGAAAAUUUUUAAUUUAAUUUUGGUCUAACCAAACUUCUAGACAAAAACUUACUAAAAAUACUAAUUUGACGGUAACAAAAUAAACUAAAAUCUGUUUCUUUUCAUUAUUUUGUCGGAAUCUCAAUAUUUUGUAGUUACAGUAGCGUAGUGUUGCUAGGUUAUUCAAAUUAAAAUUAUUUUGAAUACAACACUAGCCAUAGUAUACUACCAAAACAAGCCACAUUUUUUCACGAUUACUUAAAUGUAACUUAAUAUAGUAAUUUAGUAUUAGACUUUGAUAUAAUCAAGCCUAAGAUGCGAGCUAGUCGCCAAAUGUUAAGUUCAUUAUAUUUUGAAAAAUAAAUAUUUUUACGUACAUAAUUAAAUCGUCUUCGUCAAUCAAAUACACAUACUUUCAAAGUAUUACCUUAAUAGUAAUCAGAACAGUGUGUUUGAUAUUUGAAUGUGACGAAAUACCGUGUACAUAAUACGAUAAAAAUAUCGAUAAACAUUGCAACAAUCGAUUCUCAGCAUCGAUAAUUUCCCAUCCCUAUUUCUAUCCUUUUAUGUAUUUCUAUAAACUUUAUAAAUAUAUUAUUUAUUAGAAUUUAAAGCUUUUAAUGGUUUUGUAUUUUAUAACUAUAAUAUAUUUGCCAAGUUAGAUACUGCUAUAUAAAUUGUGAAGCCAAAGCUACAAGCGUACUGUCACAAAAAUAUAUUAUUCUGCAAAAUUAUUGUACUUAUUAUUAAAUGAUAAUUGUAAUUUUUAUAAAUAAUUUAUUUAUAAAUCUGAAUCUUAGUGUUAGCAUCACGUGUUAGAUUUAGUACAAUUAUAAAUAAGUUUAUUUUUAUUAUUAUGUUACCUUAGUUGUGGCCAUAUUAUCUUCACUAUAUUAAACACACCGAAUCUGUAUACGAUAACUUCAUAAGAUUAUAUUAAAGCUAGCUUUUGAGGCAAAACAAGCACAAUAUUAACAGCUAAAAUACAACCGCAAACUUCACACAUGCCGAGUUACAAAACAACAUUUUACAAGUACCUGAGGCCUUAGUACAAAUUUGUUUAACGUUUAAAAUAAUAGAAACGAAACUUCAUUCGACGCUCUGAUUAGUUGGUUCAUUGGAGCCGGCCAAUCAGAGCGCUGAACCCAUACUCGUUCUUAUUUAUUUUAAACGUAAAUCAAAGUGGUACUAAUGCCUCUAAAACUAAAGUAUCGAUCAUCAUCAUCAUCUCUAUGAGCCACAAGACAUCCACUGUUGAACAUAGGCUUCCCAUAAUAACUUCCAAAUCGGAGGUCGGAAGCAUCCUGCAAACGGUUUUUACCUUAAUUAUGUCGAUACUUAACCUCUUUUCUGUCGAUAUAUGAGACACAGUAGAAAAGACUAUGCAUCUCGCGAAGAUCUGCAUUCCGACACUUCACAGGUUAAUCAAGAAAUUAAGUAUAUCGAUAAGAUAAACACCUUAUUUUAUCGAUAAUAUGCACAUCAUUAUGGACAAAAUGGACGCAAUGGACACAAUUAUAAUAGCAAAAUUUUUGUCAGAAACAAUUCAUUAAUUGACCUAAAUGACAGAAAAGUGUAUUUAUUAAUAGCUAAAUAUUUAAACAAAAUAUUUUUUAAAUAUUUGAUUAAUAGUGAAUUUUGCAGUUUCAAGUUGAAGAAGUUGAAAAAUGUGGUUGUUCUUGAUAGAAGCUAUUGACACUCUUUGUUUUAUAAAAUUUUAAUGCAAUUGCGAUUUUAAAUGCCAUAAAAAUAAAGAGACAUAAUAUAUCAUUUAAAUAAAGAAUAUAUAAAUUAUCAUGCACAAUUAUUUGUUUACAUAAAUUAUUUACUUUUACACUUUUCUUAUGAAGAAAGAGUUGAACUCUGAAUUAAUAUUGUUAAAAAUAUCAAUAAAUUCUCCCAAUAUGUAUAAAAAUCUUACAUUCCUUUGGUAAUCAUUGUUUUUUAUUUAUUACAGUUGGCAAUAACACUCCACUUUCAAAGUGCUACAUAUCUACCAUCUUGUUUUAAAUGUUUUAUUAUUAUCUGUUGUAUCAAAUGUUGCCAUCAUUUAAAUGGUUUGUGUUGCCAGCUGUAAAUAUUGCAUUAUUUAAUAUUAAUUGUUCCUAUUUAUUAUUUAAAAAAACUCGAAUUUAGAUAAUCUUAUUUGUUAAAAUAUAUUUGUGUAAACUUUUUAUUGUAAGUGUUUGCAUGUGAAAGCUUAAUG